AUGAGCAGUAUGAGUCCAGUGGUGAUUUUUGACGCGAAGACAAAAGAGCCAACGAUGGUUAUCGGCGGAUCUGGCGGCUCUAAAAUCAUAUCAGCUGUAGCAAAGGCGAUCGACUCUCCUAUGAUUCAUAAUCAGUUCACGCCCGAUAUAACUCAGAUUGAUGACCUCUUUCCUAAGGAGCUGAAAUCGGUGUUGGACUGGAAGUUUGGUCAAAAGUUCCGUAAUACCACUGGUUUCGAGGGAAUCGUCCAGGGCAUAACGGCUAAUGGAAAAGAAGUUCGAGCGUGCGGAGAUUAUCGACGUAAAACCAAACAAAUACCUUCAGGUUAUUGA